AGAGGAAAACAGGAGCCUAGCAGAGGAAAACAGGAGCCUAGCAGAGGAAAACAGGAGCCCAGCAGAGGAAAACAGGAACCCAGAAGAGGAAAACGGGAGCCUAGCAAAGGAAAGCGGGAGCCCAGCGGAAGAAAGUGGGAUCCUGAUGGAGGAAAGUGGGAACCCAGAGAACUGCAGCACAUCACUCAUCCCUCUGGAAGGCACUGCUGUCCCGGCGGAUCUCAGCCAGCCGACCCCGUCCCUUCCCUUCCUGCUCUCCGUGUCCUGUUGGAAAGCUGAGGGUCAGGACUCUUCUUCCCCUGCAGCAGGAGAUGCUGAGGCAGGGAUCCCAAGGGAGCUGCCACAGGAGGAAGUUGCUGCAGAGAAGCUGUCGAUGCCCAAAACACCCUCUAAGGGUUCGGAAGAGGACAAGGGUCUGGAAGAGGAGGCUGUUAAAGAUUCAGGGAAUACUGGCCAAGAUCUGGUGGCCAACACUCCUGAAGAACCAGGAAAGGAGGUGAUACCAGAUGUCCACAAACAGGCAGAACAGGCAGAUCCCAGCCCAGGGGAGCCGGAGAAGGAUUCCUGUGUGGGCCGGCCGGCGGCUUUGCAGCGAAAUUCCGCCAGGGAAUUUUACUCCUGCCCCAUCUGCAGGAAAACCUUCCUGUUGAAGAUCAACCUCCUGAUCCACCAGCGUGGCCACGCCAACUGGGUGCCCUAUGUCUGCGUCCACUGCGACCGCAAGUUCAUGUCCAAGAAGAAAAUGAGGCGGCACCUCCGCGCCUGGGCAGCCAACGGGACGUGCCAGCCCUCGGAGCCCAGCCAGGUGCCGUGCUCAGCAUCCCACUCCCAAGCCUGGGCAGCUAAUGGGACGUGCCAGGCCUCAAAGCCAGAGAAGUGUCCCAGCAGGACACCGUGCCAAACAUCCCAGCCCCAAACUUGGGCACCUAAUGGGUCCUGUCAGCCCUUGGAUGCAAAGGCAUGUCCCAGCCAGGGGCCGUGCGCAGCAUCCCAGUGCCCAACAUCCCAGCCCCAAAACUGGGCACCCAAUGGCUCCUGCCAGCCCUUGGAUGCAAAGGCAUAUCCCAGCCAGGGGCCGUGCUCCAGCCAGGGGCCGUGCCCAACAUCUCAGUGCCCAACAUCCCAGCCCCAAACCUGGGCAGCCAACGGCACCUGCCAGCCCUCAGAGCAGAAGGAAUGUCCCAGCCAGACCCUGUGCCCAUCCUCCCAGCCACAAGCCCCCAGCAGGGACUGUGGCACGGUGUGGCAGGAUCCUGGCCCUGCCAGGUGCUCACUGUCACCUGGGAAGAUGAUGUACACGUGCAACGAGUGCCUGGAAACCUUCUCCAACCAGAUCUUCCUGACGGUGCACCAGCGCCGGCACUCCGGCCACCACCUCAUCCUGUGUCCCUGCUGCAACCGCAGCUUCACCUGGGUGUCGGACUUUGUCCGGCAGCACUGGAUGCACAUGGGUGUCCGGCCCCACCAGUGUGGCAUCUGCCAGAAGACCUUCAAGAGGUUCUCCCACCUCAAGGCACACCAGAGGAUCCACAGGCGGCAGGAGCAGCCGUUCACCUGCGCCAACCCGGUGCCCGUGGUGGCGGCACCCGCGGCAGCAGAGGGGGUGGGAAGCCAGGAUGUGACUCCCCAGGGAUGGGACCAGGCUGUUGGACCUGCUGUCGGGCCUUGAGGUGUCCUCCUGACAACAGGAAGCUGCUGUUGGACCUCAGGGUGUGCUCCCAGGGAUGGGAAGCUGCUGCUGAAAUUUGAGAUGACCUCCCAGAGACUUGAAGUGACCUCCCAGGAUGCUGCUGACAGACUUUGAGGUGACCUCCUGGACACAAGGUGCUGCUGACAGACUUUGAGCUGACCUCCCCAGGACAGGAGGCUGUCUGAAUUUGAGGUGAAGAAUGGGAUGCUGCUGCUGAUGGGCUUUAAGGUGUCCUCUCAGGAAUAAGAUACAUGAUAAACUUUGGGGCGUCCUCCCAGGAAUAAGAUGCUGCUGUUGAACCUUGAGGUGACCUCCCAGGAAUGGGAUGCUGCU